AAGAGCUCAACCUCAACCUUAACUCCGGCCAGCCGUCUCAACCAGGCUGGUUGCUUGCCCAACUCUCCGUGGCCUUUGAUCACAGCCAGUCAAGACACCUUUGACCAUCUAAUAAGCCAUCUUCCAACCCCAAUUAAGAAGCAAUUGAAUCGCCAAGAUGCACUCCACGACAGCUUCCUCCCAUAGCACCACCCCCAACACCGCCGCCGGAGGUGAUGGAAUUGGUGGUGGUGCAAAGAGACCGGCUUCAGAGAUCGAUGUCCCCGAGACCCAAUCCUCUUCAUCCGACGCCAAUUCCAACAAAAGGCAGCGUGUUGAACGUUCGACCUCGACCAUCUCAUCCACGCUGCCGAUGCACCCCCAUGAAGAGCUCCUUCAAGAACUGCAGGGCAAGUACAGCAUCGCGACUGCCACGGUCAUAAGCUCCUCCAAAAUAAACAAGAAGGUCACCCAGGUCCUCUCCCACCUGGGCCAUGUCGAUCUGUUCUCCCAGACCUCUACCCCGGGCGUGAUGAUGGUACACGCAAGGGCCAACGAUGCGAACAAGAUGGUCACAGUCAUGGAAAUUGCCAAGAGACAGAUGAACCACGCGGGUCACCCCUGGUUUCAGUACAACAGGGUGUACGAGGUGGCCGACGGACGUGGCUCGAGAGGCAAAUCCAACGGCCGAGGAGCAGACCAGACCAUCAUUGAGGACACCGUCCUGGGGGUCGAGGACGCGGACGAGGACGACGAGGAAGACGCUUUCGAGCCUUUCAAGACCACUUUUGAGCGCGCGAUCCAGGAGAAGCCUUCUGAGGAGCCAAGAACGACCUACAUGAGCAUCUUCCUCUCCCGGGUACCAAUGCCUGAACUCCAGUCCAAGGCAUACAUCACCCUCCAGACGAACGCGGCCGAGAUAUGCAAGGCGUCGCGCUGAUAAAGGGACCCAGAUGCGCGGCGAUGGGGACAAUUGCAUGCUACUACGCACCCAGUGGCAACGGCGUUCACGGUAGACUUGGUUAGGGCUGGUUUUCUUGCCUGCGCAUCGGACAGAAGCAGGUGCUCGCGAGACGGUCGCGUGUGCAUCCAAAGGGCGUACAUCAUUGCAAGGGAGGGAACUUAGGCGUCACGGAACGUUGUGCUUUUACGGUCUUGAUACCCCGGUUAGAGAGGUAGAGACAAUGCCUAAUCUACCAGAUACAACCACAACAGCCUGUUUUCCCCUUAAAGGUGCCGAUCAUGAAAACCAAAGCAUAGUGUCGCAAGAAACAAGGGGGCCAUUGGCAUGAAUGACCGA